AUGAGCUCCGGCCAGCAGCAGCCGCCGCCACCGCGGAGGGUCACCAAUGUGGGGUCCUUGCUGCUCACCCCGCAGGAGAAUGAGUCUCUCUUCACCUUCCUCGGCAAGAAAUGUGUGACUAUGUCUUCAGCAGUGGUACAGUUAUAUGCAGCAGAUCGUAACUGUAUGUGGUCAAAGAAGUGCAGCGGUGUCGCUUGUCUUGUUAAGGACAAUCCACAGAGAUCUUAUUUUUUAAGAAUAUUUGAUAUUAAGGAUGGGAAACUAUUGUGGGAACAAGAGCUAUACAAUAACUUUGUAUAUAAUAGUCCUAGAGGAUAUUUUCAUACCUUUGCUGGAGAUACUUGUCAAGUUGCUCUUAAUUUUGCCAAUGAAGAAGAAGCAAAAAAAUUCCGAAAAGCAGUUACAGACUUAUUGGGCCGGCGACAAAGGAAAUCUGAAAAGAGACGAGACCCCCCAAAUGGUCCUAAUCUACCCAUGGCAACAGUUGACAUAAAAAAUCCAGAAAUCACAACCAAUAGAUUUUAUGGUCCACAAGUCAACAAUAUCUCCCAUACCAAAGAAAAGAAAAAAGGAAAAGCUAAAAAGAAGAGAUUAACCAAGGCAGAUAUUGGAACACCAAGCAAUUUCCAGCACAUUGGACAUGUUGGUUGGGAUCCGAAUACUGGCUUUGAUCUGAAUAAUUUGGAUCCAGAAUUGAAGAAUCUUUUUGAUAUGUGUGGAAUCUCAGAGGCACAACUUAAAGACCGAGAAACAUCAAAAGUUAUAUAUGACUUCAUUGAAAAAACAGGAGGUGUAGAAGCUGUUAAAAAUGAACUAAGAAGGCAAGCACCACCUCCUCCACCACCAUCUAGGGGAGGGCCGCCUCCCCCUCCGCCCCCUCCGCAUAGCUCAGGCCCUCCCCCCCCCCCUGCCAGGGGGAGAGGUGCGCCUCCUCCACCACCGUCUAGAGCUCCCACAGCUGCACCUCCACCACCGCCUCCGUCCAGGCCAGGUGUGGGAGUCCCUCCACCGCCGCCAAAUAGGAUGUACCCUCCUCCACCUCCAGCCCUGCCCUCUUCAGCACCGGCAGGGCCUCCGCCACCACCUCCGCCUCUGUCGUUGGCGGGGUCAGCAGCACCGCCCCCGCCCCCACCCCCACCCCCUCCACCGGGGCCACCACCUCCCCCUGGCCUCCCUUCUGAUGGUGACCAUCAAGUUCCAACUCCUGCAGGAAACAAAGCAGCUCUUUUAGAUCAAAUUAGAGAGGGUGCUCAGCUAAAAAAAGUGGAACAAAACAGUCGACCGGUAUCCUGCUCUGGAAGGGAUGCACUUUUAGACCAGAUACGACAGGGUAUUCAGCUGAAAUCUGUAUCUGAUGGCCAAGAGUCUACACCACCAACACCUGCACCCACUUCAGGAAUUGUGGGUGCAUUAAUGGAAGUGAUGCAGAAAAGGAGCAAAGCCAUUCAUUCUUCAGAUGAAGAUGAGGAUGAAGAUGACGAAGAAGAUUUUGAGGAUGAUGAUGAAUGGGAAGACUGAUCUAUAUAUUAUAUAUAUAUAUAUAUAUUUUUAAGGUGAAAUACUAAACACUACUUUCUGUCUAUGGAUUCUGUAAAAUUAUCAUGUAAAUGUUCUACCAAUUUGCUGUAUAUUUUUGUUGCCUUUUUUGCUUUUUUUUUAUUAAUCUGUGCAAUACCUCAUUUAAUCUGUAAAGGUUUGUCAAAAUCCUCUACAAAGCUACUCCCUGUUAUUGUGUGCAAGUUUACACCAGGAUGCUCACUUAAUUUGUGAAUAUUUUUCAUUCCAUCAACAAGGGAGUUUAAAUAUUAUUUGUGAGACUGACAAAAACCUUAAUGUAAUUUAGUUAUAAUGCCAGAAGGAAAAACACUAUUUUCAUACCCUACUUUUUCUGUACCUAAAUUUUCUUAUUAAAAUCUAGUGUAGCACUACAUUCUUUUUUAAGUGAUACAGACCUUAGUUUAUUUAGCCCCUUCAUUUUGAACACCAUGCUACAUGAAUGUUGAAGCUGACACAUUGCACAGUUCUCUAGACAUCACUACACUGAGGCAUUUUCUCAAGUUGUAGCAGUAUGCUCUGCAUAAUGUCACUACAGAGACGCUAGUUGGGAAAAUCAGUAACACACCUCUUAGAACAAUAUUGCCUGUUCUUGUACAGAAGUGGUAUUUGGAGGCUGGAAUCAUAAGGAGACCUUGCAUACCUGUACUUGUCUGAGAUUAUUUUUAUGCUAUAGCAAAUGUGUCAGGCUCUUUUUAGCAAAAAUUUAAAAAUAUUUUUGGUAUUACUCUUAAACAGUUUAAGUUUUUGCAGUUUGGGGGAUUCUAGGGCUAAUAUUCUACUUGAACUGAAGGAGGCUGUACAUUAUGGUUACUUCAGUAUCUGGUUAAAUACACUAUAAAAAUUAGAACAUUAUAAAAAUGAUGUGGAAUUAUUUUUAUUGUGUAGUCUGUGUGGAUUGAGGUAUUCAGAAAUACCAGCCAUACAAAUCGAAUCUAGCUGGCAAAGGUCAACGCUGUAAUGCUGAACCUAUUAACGCUAUUUAAAAUUUUUUUUAUAAUUUGUCAAGGUUUUUGUCAAAUGUCAGGUGAAGGGUUACAUUUUUCUUAAAAGAUUGGUGGUCCCAGUGUCAUAUUUCUUGAAACACAUAACUGAAUGAUAGAUUCUUUUUUUUAAAUAAAACUUUACAACCU